UUCUUUUAUAAAUAUUUUUCGAAAUGGUUUAAUUACGUCGCAUAACCUCGAUUAUAGAAUGUUUUCAAUAAUCGUCCUUGAUUUUUUCUAAAUAACCACUUUUUCUAGUUAAAUAUUCAUAAAUAUAGAUUACUUUUCGUUGUAUAAUAUUGCAACAGUUAUAAACUAUUACAAUAGAAUAAGCGUGUUUUAGAAUUCAACUUGCAGUUAACUGUCAAAGAAUUUCCUUAAAAUGGCCCAACCAAUUGCUUAUUUAACAAGAAAAGAAUCAAUAUCCAGCUGUCACAGAUUGCACAGCCAUCAGCUGAGCGAAGAAGAAAACAAAGAAAUAUAUGGAAAAUGUAAUAAUUUUUGGGGACAUGGACAUAAUUAUACGGUUGAAGUGACAGUCCGUGGACCCUUAGACCCUAAAACUGGUAUGGUUAUGAAUAUAUCUGAUUUAAAAGUAUACAUGAAAAAUGUAUUGAUGGAUAGACUGGAUCACAAAAAUUUAGACAAAGAUGUACCUUAUUUUAAAUAUGUUGUAUCAACUACUGAAAAUUUAGCUAUAUAUAUUUACAACGAAUUGAAAAAAGAAUUGCCUAAUCCAGAUUUAUUGUAUGAAGUGAAAAUUCAUGAAACUGAUAAUAAUAUUGUUUAUUAUAGAGGAGAGUAAAUGUUUCAUCUCUAUUUCUUAAUAGAAAAAAGUU